AUGUACCUCCCGAAGCUGAGGUUUUUUUUGUGUCUAGUCACUGGGCUCUUGAUCUUAAUCGGCCUAUUUAAGCAGGAUGCAUUUACAUAUCUCCUACCGCAAAGUGCACCGCAAAGAACACUGCAAAGCACACUGCAAAGCACACCGCAAAUCACGCCGCAAAGCACACCCCAAAGCACACCUCAAAGCACGCCGCAAAGCACGCCGCAAAGCACAUUGCAAAGCAUCACCUCAGCCCCGAGUGGUCAACUGGCUGCUUCCAAACCAUCUAUCGCGAAGGUAACGAUUAUAUUUGGAGAUGACCCUAUCUACCAAGGAGCUUUGAAAACACAUGAAGAGCACGGUCGCAAAUUUGGAUAUCGCACGCAUGUCCUACGAAGCGGUAUUCUGGAUGAUGUGUGGACAAAACCCGCGUUCCUAUUGUCUCUCCUGCUGGAAGAGCUUGUUAAACCGGAAGCAGAACGACUAGAUUGGAUCUUAUGGUUCGACGCUGACACGGUGGUCAUGAAUCCAAACAUCCCGAUUGAGCUGUUUCUUCCACCGGCAGAUUUUCCUGAUGUCCACAUCCUAUUGACCAAAGACUGGAAUGGGCUCAACAAUGGCGUCUUUCCCAUUCGGGUUCAUCCGUGGUCUGUCGAGUUGCUUAGUGCAGUUAUUGCCUACCCACACACUUACCCCGAUACCUUGCUCGUCUUCCGUGACCAGUCCGCUUUGGAGAAGCUUCUUGAAAACGACUAUUAUAAAAACUCUACUAUAUACGCUCCGCUCCGCUGGUUCAAUGCCUAUCGAGGGGCGACAGACGGAAGUCUAAAUGACUAUCACCCCCCAGAACUUCAACUGCGCAAAGGUGAUUUCCUUGUUCACUUCGCGGGAACGUCGGGAUUAGACCGAAGUGAGAGUAUGAACGCGUUCAUCGAAGUGGCUGAAAGGCACGACCCCGACUGGCGAGUACCACUCUCGAGAACAAACUAUUCAAGCGAGAUCGAGGCAUUCUGGGCGGAACAACGGAUCAAAAGAUCAAUGUCAGAAUCCUAG